CAACAACACCCCCUCCCACACCAACAUCACCCUUCACAACCGCAACAAUGGGUGACUCUCUCGUCCACCAGAGCUAUGGCCGCACCCGUGUGCAAUGGAUCGCCAGCCUCAACACCGAGUACCGCCCUCCGACCCAGUUCCGCCGCACCAGCAUCAUCUGCACCAUCGGCCCCAAGACCAACUCCGCCGAAAAGAUCAACAUGCUUCGCACCGCCGGCCUCAACGUCGUCCGCAUGAACUUCUCCCACGGCUCCUACGAAUACCACCAGUCCGUCAUCGACAAUGCCCGCCAAGCAGAGAAAGAGCAGGAAGGUCGUUCCGUCGCCAUCGCCCUCGACACCAAGGGUCCCGAGAUCCGCACGGGCAACACCCCCGGAGACGAGGAUAUUCCCAUCUCUGCGGGCACCGAGAUCAACAUCACCACCGACGACAAAUAUGCCACCGCCAGUGACGCUCAGAACAUGUAUGUCGAUUACAAGAACAUUACAAAAGUCAUCGAGGCCGGCCGCACAAUCUUUGUCGACGAUGGAGUCCUCGCAUUCGAGGUGCUCGAGGUGGUCGAUGAUAAGACUCUCCGCUGCAAGACGAUCAACAACGGCAAGAUUAGCAGCAAGAAGGGUGUCAACCUUCCCAAGACUGAUGUCGACCUUCCUGCUCUGUCCGAGAAGGAUCAGGCCGACCUCAGGUUUGGUGUCAAGAAUGGCGUCGACAUGGUCUUUGCCAGCUUCAUCCGCCGCGCUGACGACAUCAAGGCAAUCCGCAAGGUGCUCGGUGAGGAGGGCAAGGACAUUCAAAUCAUCGCCAAGAUCGAGAACCAACAAGGUGUGAACAACUUCGACGAGAUCCUCAAGGAGACCGACGGUGUCAUGGUCGCCCGUGGUGAUCUCGGUAUUGAGAUUCCUCCCGCUCAGGUAUUCAUCGCGCAGAAGAUGAUGAUCACCAAGUGCAACAUCGCCGGCAAGCCAGUCAUUUGCGCCACGCAAAUGUUGGAGAGCAUGACCUACAACCCUCGCCCGACCCGUGCAGAGGUGAGCGAUGUUGGUAACGCCGUCUUGGACGGAGCCGAUUGUGUCAUGCUGUCAGGAGAGACAGCCAAGGGUAACUACCCCAAGGAGGCCGUGACGAUGAUGCACGAGACAUGUCUGUUGGCCGAAGUCGCCAUCCCCUACAUCAACGCAUUCGACGAGCUGCGACAACUCGCUCCUCGACCCGUUCCCACCAGCGAGAACUGCGCCAUGGCUGCUGUCUCCGCAUCUCUCGAGCAGAACGCCGGAGCAAUCCUCGUCCUGACCACAUCUGGCAACACCGCCCGCCUCGUCUCCAAAUACCGCCCCGUCUGCCCCAUCAUCAUGGUCACCCGCAACGCCCGCGCCUCCCGCUACUCCCAUCUCUACCGCGGCGUCUACCCCUUCCACUACGACCAGGCCAAGCCCGACUUCAAGACCACUCCCUGGCAAGAGGACGUCGACAACCGUCUCAAGUGGGGCAUCAAGUACGCCAUUGAGCUGGGCGUGUUGAAGCAGGGCGAAGCCGUCAUUUGCGUGCAGGGCUGGAGAGGUGGUAUGGGACAUACGAACACGAUUCGCGUGGUGCCGGCGCAGGAUGAUUUGGGGUUGGAUCAGAAUGCUUAGAUGGGGGGCUGGUGUGUUUUGAGAGAUGCGACGAUACCACACGCGUCAGACACAACACGACAUGAU